UCAGUUGUUUUCCUGCUCAGACGCGGCUAGUUCAAGUUGCCAUAGUACGGCGAUGCAUAAUCUCUGCUGUUUUCUUUCAACUAAAAAUUCGCGUAAGCGAUAUAGUCAUGGAAUAUAUUUUACAUAUCUCCGGUGAACAAAUGUAGGGUUUUGCGGUCGUUAUGGCACUACAUCAUGAUUAGCUUGGCAAGCUUUAGGUGUGCUAGCUAGCAUUUAGUGUUUGUCACUUGUUGCUAGUCAAGCGGAGCAUCAUCCCUCAACAAUGCUACAGACAAGAGUUGAAUAGGAAAACCGAUAAAGAUAUAUAUAUAUUAAAAUAUAUAUAUAUCUUUUAGAAUUUUACUGGUCUCGGAGAAGUUUUACGUCGUUUCGUAGCAAAGCGAAAGCUUUCCAAUUGCGUCGCGAAUGUGUUUUACAAUUCUUUUGUCAUUGAGCGUUUUUUUUUUAAUUUUUAUUAUUUUUUUAUUUUUUUUUAUAUAAACUCCGGUUACUAAUCUUCAGACUUCUUCAGUCGUUUCUUGAACCGUAAUUCCGAAGUAUGGACACAUCCAGUGGGUCAGAUUCGCACGACAGACUUUGUGAAGCCCACCGCAGACCUCCACGGGAAAGAGGCCGAGCCAGUGGGCGAGCAGCUGACAUCUCAGAGAAGAUCGGCACACUGUGCAGCACUUUGCAGGACACCAAUCGGAACUUGACCAAGGUGGACCAUAUGCUGGGCCAGUACCGAGAGCAGACCAUUGACCAGGCUGAGGCCAUGGCUUUGCUUCGGGAUAACCUGGAAGAGUCCAUCAGUCAGCUACAGGCACAGAGGCUGAGCAGGACCAAUGGUGCUCACAGCAGUGCUUCUGCCUCCAGCCUGCAUUCCAGUGACAUGGAUUGUUGCCCUGGAUCAGAUGGCCAACAUUUCAAACCAACUUCUCCACUAAAAGACUACACAGGAACGCCAGGGAGGAGGAGGAGGUCUCACUCUGCAAGUGUUCGUUUCAAGAAUAGCAGCUUGUUGGGAGAGGAUAUUCACACUUUGCACCAGUCCUUGAGGGAUCUGCGUUGUGACCAACAGAGACUGUCAGUGGACCUGGAUCGAGAAAUUAUCAGGAGGAAUAGGGCUGAUGUUGACACCAGGCUUGCAAUAGAGAGCCUCUCUGAUCACGUCGCCCCUUUACAGCGACAGGACUCUAGACACAAAGUCAAUGUCAGUGAGAGAGAGGACACCGUGACGUCCAGACUACUGAAUGCAGAAACGGAGAAGUCCAAGACGGAGCAGGAGCUGGAAAAAGUUCAAGGACUACUUGAUCAGUCAGAGGACAGCAGAGUGUCGCUGCUUCAACAGGUGGAGAAAAUGCGGGGUGAUCUGCAGAGGGCCAGGAAGGAGAAGACAGAGCUUCAGAGGGUCUGGCUACAGCCUGGUCAUGGCAACUAUACAGGCAGGGAAGAGGGAAGAUUACCAGAUGGUUCAGACAUGGAAAAUGAGGUAGCAGAACUGCGAGCACAACUGCGCAAGGCAUCGGCCAACGGUGAGGUUGAGGAACUGAAGAAGGCUGUGGACCGCAAGGAGAGAGAGCGGAUACAGCUGAGUAUCCAGUUGGAGGGCUUGUCUGCAGACUUGGCAAGGCGGGAGCAACAGCAAAUGCGAAUGCUUGAACAACUGAGAGACAUACAGAGUCGAGGGCAGACUGAGAGGACUGAGACUGAGGCUUUACUCCAGGAGAGCUCAAGAAGCAGAGACGAACUGAAGGCCAAGGCCCAAAAGGCUGUGCGCCAAUGGAGGGCAAAGUGCAAUAGACUGCAGAAGGAGCUGGAGGAGGCCCGGGCCCACGUUCGGCUGCACACUGACAAGGCAGCACAGGUAGCCAAAGAAAGGGAGGGCUCGCACACCCAGCUGAAAGCACUGAGCCAGCAGGCUGAGGCUGCCCGCCGAGAGCUGGCUGAAAACCUACAACGUUUGGCCCAGCGUGAAGAGGAGCUCCACCGCAAGGACGUGGCGCUCUCUGAGAGCUGCCAGCGCCAACUGGCUCAAGAGCAGGAAAUUCGGGAGGUGAAGGAGUCUUCUGCUGGCCUUCAGAUGGAAGUUCGGCAUCAGUCAGACAACCUGGUAAGAGUGAGGGAAGAGAAGCAGAGGCUCCUAGAACAAGUUGAAACGCAAGCCCGUCUCAGUCAGAGAGACCACAAUAAGCAAGCUGACCUCCAGGUCACAGUGAAUCAAAUGACGUCAGCCCAUGCCCAAAAAGCACACCGCUUGACUGAGGCAGAAGCUUCCAAGAAGGAGCUUCAGAAGGUCACAGCGGAAUUGCAGGCCAAACUGGCUCUGGUACAGAAAGAGCCGGAUACGCUGAGGCAACAGCUGCAGCUUGAGAGAGAGGUUCAUCGGAAGGAGCUGGACAACCUGAAGGCCACAAUUGAAGAAGGCAGGACGAAGAACAAGGAAAUGCACGACAUGCUCCUACUCUGCCGUCAGCAGCGUGAUGAAAUCCAGUCACAGUUAAACGAUGUUAAGGCAGGUGCAGUGUCGGACAAGAAGUUGUGCGAGGCGCUGUGUGUCAAGUUGGACAGGAUGAAGGAUGAGUGCGAUAAGCUGGCUGCACAGCUGAGCUCAAAAGAGGAUGCACAUGCACUCCUCUACAAAAAAUACCAGCUACUUAAACUGGAACUGGAUGAAGUCAGGUCAGAUGGAGGGCAUGCAACAGUAGCAGAGCUUGUUAUACUGGAAGAGAAGGUGGCAGAGAUGGAAGCAGAACAUGGGACACUUCUUUCUUCCAUCAGUGAUGAACUUGAUGCAGCUCUCCAAGGCCUGCCAAGGAAUGGUGAAGACAACUUUCAGGCAACUACGAAAGCUGGAUUAGUAAAAGACCACUCCCUUUGGCUAGCAGAGACAAAGUCCAAGCUACGCUGGCUGCGUAAGGAGGUGCGGGAGCAUGACACAAGAGAACAGCGCCUGAGGAGGCAGCACAAGCACACCAGGGAUGAGCUGAAAGCACUCAGGCAGACUCGGAGCACAGACCGGGAUGCUCUCUUGCAGCGGCUAGAUGAACAAGAAAAGCUGCUGCUCUCCAUCAGCACUGAAAAAAAAGAACUGUUAGAGGGGAAUCGCAAGAAGGAUGACGAAAUGAGAAGCCUUCAGGAUCGUGUUUUGGAUCUAGAGUUGAAAUCAAGAGCAGCAAUGGACUACUUGGAGUCAAUUCCAGAUCAGCGGUAUCUGGCAGACAAUUUCAAGGACAUAGAGGAGUCACAAUGGCAGAAGGAAGUGGUCGAGCAGUGCUACACCAAACACAAAGAAAUCGUCUGGGACCUGCAGCACCAGCUUAAUGAGUCGAAACGCAAAAUCCACGAGUGCAGGGAGGAGAAGUUAGAUGCCACAUCCAGGAGUAUGAGACUAGCUGUCCUGGCUUCUUCCAUCACGAGUUCUGUGAGAUCCGAUACGCUGUCUCCGCACAAACGCCUGACCACUUCCGACCUGGACGACUCUGCAGUCAACAUGGCCAAAUUCCUCCCAGAUCCUUUACAGCUCAACCAUAAGUGAACUUGUUUCUUUUGUUGUUGUUUUGCAUGUGCACACACUGGACCGGUGAUCAAACACAUCAACAACUUGACUCUACUUGCAAGUCUUCUGACUACCUCAAACACAACCCCUGAUGGUGCACCAUGCCCAAUUUAGUGCGAAUUUGAGCCUGUAGUCGAGGGGGACUGCUGAUUCAGUCUACAAACCGGAAUUGAAUUGAUUUGCUCAGUUAUUUAUGCCAAUACAUAGUGUACAUGCAUACAUAUGCCAGUCAGUAUGUUUGGAACUGGAAUGGCUCAGUGUGAGAGAGAUCACCAGUGCCUUUUGCAUUUCUUGAAACAAUGUGUCAUCAUGAUAGUAUUCUGUUGGUGUAUUAUAUAUUUGUAAAAGAAAAACUAAAGUCUAUUUUUUAUGAACUGUGAAGAAGACUACGCACUACGAAUAAAUCCUGAGGGGGCCUAUCAUUUGUAUUCCUGAAA